AUGAGACUGAGACUGGACAACGCUGCCUUGCUCGUUUCCGCAUUGUAUACUGCUUCAGUCUCUGCCGCGCCAUGUCUCCUCCUAGGAUCAAUCGACAACAACUUAAACCCGUAUCCUGGCAAACCGCGUCUGACAUUCAAAUCCGAUGGGACCUUCAAACUCACUGUGUUCUCGGAUCUUCAUUUUGGAGAGAAUCCUUGGGACGAUUGGGGCCCGCAACAGGACGUAAAUAGCCUCAAAUUGAUGAGGACAGUGCUGGGGUCUGAGAACCCAGAUUAUGUCGUCAUAAAUGGUGAUUUGAUUACUGGAGAAAAUACUUUUCGCGAGAAUUCUACCUUGCUCAUCGACGAGAUCAUGGAACCGAUCAACGAGGCCAAGGUCCCAUUUUCAUCCACUCACGGGAAUCACGACAACCAAGCGAAUAUCACACACAUCGAGGAGAUCGAGCGUGAACUCAAGGUUGCACCAAUGAGUUACACUCGCGUGGGACCAGACGGCGUUGGGGGCACUCAAGGCCCAGGAAAUUAUUGGGUUCCUAUAUACGCGAAGGAGUCAGACCUUGCGCCUAUCCUGAUACUCUGGUUCUUCGACUCCCGCGGUGGGUUCUCUCCGAACCCCAACUCAAUCCCUGUACCCGACUGGGUCGAUGCCUCCGUGUCUGACUGGAUUAAGUCUGAGUCCGAGGCGAUGGAAACUGUUUGGGGCCCUGCAGAGUCAUCCCGAGCUGCAUUGGCAUUCAUGCAUAUCCCUCCACACGCUAUUCAGGCCGUCCAACCGACAAUUAAUGCACAAAAGAAUCCUGGACUGAAUGCGGAUUUCCUUGGCAGCGGCUCCGUCCAGGACUCAGCAAGUGCCGGAAACGACAAGCCAUUCUGGGAUGCGCUCAACACCCAUAUCAAAAACUUGCACGCUAUAGUUUCUGGGCAUGAUCACGGCAACGAAUGGUGUGCACGCGAGCCUACCAAGGAUGUGAUAUUCUGCUUCGACAAACAUUCCGGGUACGGCGGCUACGGUCAAGCGGGCUGGGGCUACGGUGUGCGGAAUAUCUUGUUCCAUGCACCCGACCCCAAAGCGAGCGUGGAGACAUGGAUCAGGCUCGAGGCGGGGGAGACAAGGGCGAGGGUUUUCCUCGACGAUGAGUAUGGUCGAUAA